AUGAUUACCUUCCGCACGGAGAGUUCAAAUCGAUUUGUGUUAGGAGCAUUCAAGGACCUACGCCUGUCGCUGUGGAAACUCGGAGAUUGUCCGAAAAUGCGCUGGGGCACCGACAACGACAACGCUAGUUGGUUUGCGAGGAUUUCGCUCUUCAUUAAUCUUGGAGAUCUCCACGCAAACCAAGAAAUGCGUACCCAGUUCAUAACCCUUGUGGAAGAAUUCCGCGGUAGUAACAUGGAAGUAUCUACUUUCUAUAUACUAGCGAAUGAGAACGACACGCGCGCAUUUGAAUAUGCCUACAAUACUCACUCUGCAACCAGGUCGCCCCAGCUUGGCUACGCAUCACUCGGCUGGGGACCACCAGCAGGUGGAGGUCUUAACAGCUGGAUAGAAGGAGACACGCAAACUUCAACCCAUAAAUCCGUGACAAUCACAUCUUGGUCGAGCCAAGCUGGGCGAACAGAAUGGCAAAACGAAUACAGCAUUCGAGCUCAAACAGACUACAAUCGUUUGGGCUAUUUGAUUGACUGGCUGCGAAUCAUCGCGCAACGCGUUGAGACUCAGUUUUGGGUACUGGAGAAGAAAGAUCCUGAGAUCUGGCAAUGGGAGAUAAAGCGGAAUAAGCCAAGAUAA